ACGGUGUUUUUGCAGAUGGAGCUUUCAAGGGUGUCGACUUUACUGGCCAUAUUAUUAGUCACUGGAACUCUGGGAUUGCCUGCAUUACCUGAAGACGACUCAGAAGUUAAUUUAGAGCCGGGGACCGACUCAGAUGAUAUGUCGUCACCUAGCACGUGUACAGCGAAAAAUGGUCAACAAGGGAUUUGUGUUCCCGAGAGUUACUGCACGGAAGAUCAAACAAUCGCACCGGGAGGAGUUUUACACUCUAGUGAGUACAGGGAAUUGCAAUCAAAUGUUUGCAAAUCGCUUGAAUGGUGUUGCACAGAGGAGCGCCAGAUUGACACACCGCAGGUCAGAACUGAUAACGUAGACAGCUGUCUGCCGCCGGAUGGAGACAUUUUCCCAUGGAUAGUCUCUCUUUAUAAGGUUCACAAUUCAACUGCACAAUCGGCUCAGGCGGCAUUCUGUCUGGGAACCCUCAUCGGGUCCAAGGUUGUUUUAACGGCGGGGACUUGCAUGGCAGCCGCUCAGCAUCACAUGCUGUAUGCUAGUCUACCGCGCUCUAAUGACCCUAUGAAAAAUUACACGGUCCGCUUUCGGAAAGCCCACCCUAUGUAUAAUACCGGAUCGCAUGCCUUUGAUUAUAGUAUAUUAGUAUUAGAUGAGUAUGUUACCUUUGGAGAUAAAAGGGUCCAAGGUGCCUGUUUAGCCUUCGAGAAACCACAAGGCCAGUGUGCUGCUAUUGGUAUUGAUGGCAAUGAAAAUUUAUUUUCGACAUUGGUGAAUGUAACAAGCGAUGUUUGUGACAGUUUUGGCGGCCGAGCGACCAACGAACGAGUUUGUACAAAGAACGCCGAUGUACAGCAGUGCUUGGUUGCAACUGGGUCUCCCCUUGUCUGCCAAUCAAAAUCGGAAAAGGGGGUUGUCGUCGGGGUCACUCGCACCACAUGCGUCAAGGAUCAGGUCUUAGUCGGGAGCUUAGAAUAUGCUACGUGGAUCACGGAUGAACUGAAUGCAAUGAAGAUAUCAAAAGACGUGUAUUUAGAAAAAUAGAUGAUUUUAUAUAGCCUAAGCUAUCAGAAAUGUAAUAAAAACUAUAAAUAUUUUAA